UACUACACCCGAGUCGCAUGCUGCAUUGUCACUUGAGAGCCUGUUUUAGGAAGAGAACAGACCCGGCGUUUAAGAGAUCAUGGAAGUGCCUGAAGGCCUGGGACUCAACCAGGAUUUACAUGCAGAGAAUGCGACCCUUGAUCUGGAGGACGGAGAGCACCAGGCGGGCUGGGUGAGAGUGAGGGUGGAGGAUAGCUGGUUCACUGUGCAGCGGGCUUUGCUGGCAAGGUACAGCAACUACUUCUGUGCCCUCUUUCACUCUGGGAUGACAGAAAGUCACCAGGACGAGCUCUACCUGAAGGGAGGAGUGCGAGCAAGGGGUUUCCUCGUCGCCCUCGCUGUCUGCAGGGGGGAGGCCCCCUCUAUCAGCGACCCGGAUGAGCUCGUAGAAGCGGUAGAGUGUGCCGCGUUCCUGCAGGUUGCGUGUUUGGUGCAGCAUCUUUGUGACAUCAUUGACUCGGACAACUGCCUCUUGCUGUACCAUGCAGCCUCCAUCUUUGGGGCGCAUGCACUCUUUCACAAUGCUGCUCUUUUCCUCUGCGAUGCUUUUGAUGAUUUGAAGGAAGCAGCUGAGAGUACGAUUCCCGAAGACCUUCUUCAAUAUUCUCAGUCAUUGUCUCCUGCUACUUAUGUUGCUAUAGGCACACACUCUCCUUCAAUGGAACUGCUACAGGACUCCUUUCGGGUCAUUUGCUACCUUGAUGAAAAAGAGGGAGACUGGAAGCAUCUGACAAACCUCCCAACUCUCUGUAGCACCUCCAUGGCUGGAGUGGCAGUGCUUGACAACCGAUUGUACAUUGUAGGGGGAGUUUAUGGUUACGGUAAGGACACAGUGGACAGUAGCUUUUGCUACGACCCUGACUCAGGAGUUUGGAACACUCUUCCAGGUCCUCAGCAACUAAGAUAUGACUUCACCCUGCUGGGGCACGAGGGCCGGCUCUACGCCAUUGGGGGCGAAUUCCAAAAACGGACGAUUUCCACAGCAGAGAGUUACAACAUUGAGAAAGGAGAGUGGACAUUUAUACAAAAUGCACCGAGACCUGUAGCAUCUGCAGCUUGUGCUGUUGCAAGACGGCGGAUAUUUGUUUGCUUCUGGAAACCACCAGACACCACAGAUAUCUACGAAUACAUACCAGUGAAGGACGAGUGGAAACUUGCGACCACCAUGAUCAAAUCUCAAAGCUAUGGCCACUGUAUGGUAGCCCACAGAGAUAAUCUUUAUGUGAUGCGCAACGGGCCUUCUGACGACUUCCUGCGCUGUCUAAUGGACUGCUACAACAUCACGACAGGCCAGUGGACAGCCAUGCCCGGACAAUACAUCAACAGCAAGGGGGCGCUCUUCUCCGCAGUGAUAAAGGGGGACUCCGUGUUCACCGUGAAACACAUGCUAACUCUUGAAUACACCAUCACCGGGGAUGGAUGGAAGCCCCGCAGGCAGAUGAAAGGGUUUCCAAAGAGUGGUUCGCUGUGGACGUGUUUACUCAGGCUUCCCAAGACGGGACCAGUUCUACCACAGCUGGAUGCAGAAGGGGAGGAAGAAGAAAUGUCUUUACCAGACAAAUCGGAGGGAUUUGUGGAAGCUCUCAUGCAAAUGUGAUAUUACUGCUAAAAAAAGCAUUGUUUUGUUUUUUUGAGGAAGGGG